CGACAUUCGAAGAAGUGGAUCUCUCGCUGUCCCUGCUCUCCGCAUCCGCAUCUCCGCACUCGCCUCGCAUAUCCGCGUCCACUUCUCUCUGCCGCGUGUGUAUGUGCUUGUGUGUGUGUGCGUCGCUCGAAGUGAACGACCAACUUUUUUAAUAUCGAGCAAAAUGCACCGAAAAUAAAUGCACGGCAUCAAAACGAAAACAAAUACAACGCGACGCAAACAGUGAAAAACCGCAUCUACGAUUAACGACUUUUAAAAACUUUUUUUAAUGGCAAACCUGUGACAAAGUGAAGAGUUAAUAGAACCCCCAGCGCAACCAAAACACAACUCAAUACCGAAACUAGCUGCUAAUUUAGCAAAAGCACCGCCACAGAGCCACCACAGACGACAUGGAGCACAUAAUGAAUCCGUUCAUGUCCCCGGCUUAUCUGCUGGGCCAUGGCCCACAUCCCCACCAGCAUGUGCACUCCCACGGGCCGGUGCCACUCCCCCAGCCGCACGCCGCCUCCCCGGCCAGUUCGCCCGGCGGUUCCAGUGGCUCUGGAUCCGGAUCGGGAUCGGGCUCCGGAUCGGGCUCGUCCUCGAAGCCACGGCGCUGGGGCUCGCCGCCCAUCAACCUGGCCGGGCAGUUCAUCAACCCGGCGACGGGCAAGAAGCGGGUGCAGUGCUCCAUCUGCUUCAAGACCUUCUGCGACAAGGGCGCCCUCAAGAUCCACUUCUCGGCGGUGCACCUGCGCGAGAUGCACAAGUGCACCGUGGAGGGCUGCAACAUGGUGUUCAGCUCGCGGCGCUCCCGCAACCGUCACAGCGCCAACCCGAAUCCCAAGCUCCACUCGCCGCACAUCCGGCGCAAGAUCUCGCCGCACGACGGGCGGACGGCCCAGCAGUUCCCGGUCUUCUCGCCGGGCACAGCCGCCGCGGCGGCCGCCGUCGCCGGACGCCUCCCGGUGGCCUUCCCUGGCCUGCUGCCCCCGCCGCCGCCGCACCACGCCCACCACGGCCACCACGCCCACCACCCGUACGUCAUGUUCGGCGGACAGGCGGGUCUGCACGGGCUGGGCCUGCUGCCCGGCUGCCAGGACACCGACCCGGAGGCGGACAACGAGCCGGACGCCGAUGCCGAGGACGAGGGCGACUUCGUCUACGUGGACAUGCAGGCCCACAGCUCCAGUCCGGCUGCCUCGAGCGAGGACCAGGAGGAGCAGGAUCAAGACCAGGACCAGGAGCACGAGCAGGACGAGGAGAUGCACUGCAGCCUGAGCCUGGCCAGCAGCAGCAGCACCACCGCCGACGAGGAGCGGGCCGACCAGCCGCUCGACUUCAGCCUGCACAAGCGCCGCAAGUCGGAGCAGGAUCGGGAGGCCGACAAGGAGCAGGAGCAGGAUCAUGAGCAGGAGUCGGACAAGGAGCAGGAGCUGGAGCGCGAGAAGCGCUCGCCCAGCGACGCCUUCUCCAUGGACCAGUUGCUGGGCAAGCGGAAGCGCCACGACAGCACCGCCUCCAGCUCCGCCUGCUCCACCGCCGCCGCCUCCUCCAGCUCCAGCCACCCCGUCCUCCUGCCGCAGGCGAGCAUCAAGAUGGAGCUGGACCCGGAGGGCGACCUGGCGAGUGGCUACCUGGGCGGCCGGCGCCAGAUGCUGGACCUCGACGAGCGGCACCACCUGCGCCUGCUCCAGACCCAGAUGUUCGCCGCCGCAGCGGCCGCCGCCGCUUCCACCAGCCAGCCCCCGCACUCCGCCUUCCUGCCGGCGGGAUCGCCGUCGUCCUCGCCCGUGGACCUGGCCAAGGACUCGCCGCCCAUGUGGAGCCUCCUGUCCGAGAUGUACCGCUCCAUGCUGCUGAAGACGCAGCACCAGCAGCAGCACCACCACCACCUCCACCUCCAGGCGCAGCAGCACCACCCGGACCAGCACCUCCGCCUGGCCCACCACCCGGAGCAGCACCACCUGGCCACCCACCACCACCACCUGGGCCACCAGCACCACCAGCAGGCGCCGCAGCAGCAGUCGCCGGCGGCCACGAAUGCUCCGAUUUCCGUCUAGGCCCGCGACUCCUCGAUGCUCGGGAUGCUCGGGAUGCCGCUCUAGAUGAUUUCCUUAGUCAAAUUUGUUUUCUUUUUUUCGUACUUUAAGGAUGCGUUCGGGGGGUGCUGGUGGGCGGGGGUGGGGUCGUGCCAAAAGCUGGACCAUUAAAUGGCUGGCGCUCCUCCUCAGGCACGCCCCUGCCCCACCGCUACCCCCUCCUCCCUCGCCCCCCCCUGUAAACUGGAAUUGCUCCAAAACUAAGCUUUUUCUGCUCGUACGUGUGUUAUAUGGAUUUUUUUUCGUAUGUAUAAUGUAUUAUGUAUACCGUAGUGCGACAUCUAAGUGUAUAGUAUUCAAUCCGUUCCUCAAUGUGUGUGUGCGAGAGUGUGUGGAUGACUGGAUGGCUGGAUGGGUGUGUGCGAGUGUGAAUGUGAAUGGGAUCCCAGGAUCGGAUCCGCAAGUCGGUCGUCUGAAAAGCGGACUGGGCGGUGCAGAGGCGGCAAUCGGGCCCUCGAUCGGUGUACAACGAAGUAUUGAUAUUUAUAACAAAUAUAUAUUAUGAAUGCAUAUAUUAAAUAGUUUUAAGACAAUUUUUUUCGUAGCCAAUAAUAAACUAUGUAUUGUAUAACUGGAUGUACUAACGACAAGCAAACUUCUAUUGAAACAUAUCCCUUGUGUUAAAGAAACCCCCUCCCCGAAAUCCAUCGAAAAGGUUGAUAGAUGAUCGUGGGUGAACGAAAUGUUAUUGCUCUCACAAACGAAAAUUCCUCCCGACGAUUGUGUACUGUAUUACAACAAGAUUUUAAGUUUUCAUUAACAAUAAACAACGGCAAAAUUGAAGAAACAUGUAA